GUUAUUCACCUGUUUGGAAAGUUUAUGCUAUUUUUUCUUUUUUGAACAGUUAUGGUCCUAAAAUGGUGAUAGAAAAUGACCUUUGGAAGUGAGCAGACAUAGACAGGAUGUCUUCAAGGGACUGGCAAGCCCUACAAAAUAGACACCAAAACGUGUACUUUGGAUGCUCUCCACUGUCAAAUAAAAUAACGGAUGUGACCCGGAAACAACAACAACAAAGUUCAAAAAUGCAGAAAGGUCUGCAAAACUUCGUAUAACUAGCAGCCUGUGUCCUGUCACUAACAGGGAGGUAAGAGUUAUAAUUGAAAUUCUGUCUGGAAGUAAAUUCUUUUUGCUUUAAUAUCAGACAGUAUUUUAUUAUUACCAGUGAAUUAUAUCCAGGAGAAAUACAGCAGUGUGGCCAUGGCUGCACAGCCCUUGCCAAUAAAUAAGGCACUGCUCAUCAGUGCUGGCAGCAGGUAUGUGAGCUGUGUGCGAUUGUGUCAACUUCCUUCAACACCUUGCAGUAAGAAAGGAUGUCAGCUUCAGGUGGUAACUUGUGAGGACAGCUGCACCCAGCAGUGAUUUCUUAAGAGCUGGCUGGGCUAUUGUUAGUUAGUUGGUGUAGGCGGUGUUUUUUCUUGUCGAAGGAAGUGUGGAUUAUCUUACUAAUUAUCCCAGGUACUUCUGACAUUCUCUUACAAGCUAUAAAAACCAUGGAUUAAAAUUACAGAUAGUAACUCAGAUUUCCCUGCAGUUCUUUUAGUAUUGCCUUUUGUGUGUAUCUCAGUGCAGAUAUGGGUGAGAGCCUGAAUGAGUUCUCUGAGACUAUACAGCUGAAUAAAGAUGAGAUGAAAACACGGAUAGAGUUCUUACAAAUACAUAAAUACAGAUAAUAGCUGAAGCAGCUCAUUUUUCAUAUCUGUGGAUAUCUGUAAGAUAAGAACCAUUCUUCCAAGUCACUGCGGUAUCAGACAUAGGUAUUUCUGAACUUCAGCAGCACGUAAUCUGAAGUAGCCCACUUAGCCAACAUCAGUUCUUCAGUACCAGUGCCACAUCACAAGUCCUCAGCCUCUGCCACUCCUGUUCUCACACUGUGUGCAUCUGACUGACAUGUGGAGCUCCCCAGCUGCCACACACUGUGUAUGUUACCUCUCCUGCUUUCAGGAUGACAGAAUAAGAUCACAACACGAAAUAGUUAUGAUGAUACAGUCUCAAAGAUGUUAACAAUUUCACAACACCCACGUGAAGAGGCGAGCAUUAAGCUGGCUUCUAUGUAUGCUGUAUACUUCUUAACAAAUGCUGAGAUUUGGAGCAAUAAGCACUAUUGUAGAUGUAAAAUCUUGAUUACCAAAGAGCUGUUCAGGGAGUUGUGUGCUGACUGUUGAGUCACGGCCUGAAGCACUGAUUGAGCACCUGGGGAAAGGAGCCGCUCAGCCCUGGAGUACAGGUGAAGGCAAUUCAGCGGUGGGACAGGAAGGGGCGCAGCCUGGCUGCACCUCUCUUAGCAUUUAAGGGCUGAGUGCCGCUGAGGAAGGAUCUCUGGUUGGAGAUCCCUCUUUGGUGAAGCUUUUCCUGCGAACCUGGAAUCUGCUGAUAAGGAGCUUGAAGAAAUCCGCAAAUGUGGAAUGAAAAACUUCCGUAAUAUCCAGGUUGAUGAAGCUAAUUUAUUGACCUGGCAAGGGCUUAUUGUUCCUGACAAUCCUCCAUAUGACAAAGGAGCCUUCAGAAUCGAAAUCAACUUUCCAGCAGAAUAUCCAUUCAAACCUCCGAAGAUUACAUUUAAAACAAAGAUCUAUCACCCUAACAUCGAUGAAAAGGGGCAGGUUUGUCUGCCAGUAAUUAGUGCUGAAAACUGGAAGCCAGCAACCAAAACUGACCAAGUAAUCCAGUCCCUCAUAGCACUGGUGAAUGAUCCACAGCCUGAGCAUCCCCUGCGGGCUGACCUAGCUGAAGAAUACUCUAAGGACCGUAAAAAAUUCUGUAAGAAUGCUGAAGAGUUUACAAAGAAAUAUGGUGAAAAGCGACCAGUGGACUAAAAUCUGACACAGCUGAUGUCAGCAACGUAUGAUAGAAGAUCGGAGCAGUGCAUUUGAGACAUCCCGUAAAGCAGGACUCUAUGGAAAAUUGACAAGUGCCACCUUUUGGUGUUAACUUGUGGCUGUUACUAACUUUCUACAGUUUUCUUAAUCAAAAGUGGGCUAGGUAACCUGUAAAGGAAUUAAAAAUUUAAGAUGUUCUAGUUCUGCUUUCUUUGUUUAAAAAUCACUGCUUCAAUAUACUUUAAAGUAUGCUGUUUUCUUUUUUUUUUUUUUUGUCAGAAUUUAUCAGAAAUAUCUUAGACUUAUAUUCUGCCCUUAAAUUGAAAAGGUUGUGGCUGUCAUUUCUUACUUCUCCUUGCAGUUACCACUAUCCUGAGUUCAUUUAAUUCAGCAUUGAAUUUUUGCCCCUCCUCAAACUGAUGUCUUAGAAAAAAUAUCCCACUUCUGGCAGAAAAUGAUUGAGUGUUUGGCAGUUUUGUUUACUCUUCUCUUUAAACAUUGCACUGUGCUCUGUGGGACUUGCUGCAAGUUCCCCUUAACUUCAGUUUGUAACGUAAUAAAAAACAACCCAACUACAAUCAGAAAUGUCCAGGUCUUAUGUAAAUCUAGCUGAUGUUACCACAAAAUGUUUAUUAAAUGGGGAAAUCCAAUUUCUUGUCUGCGUUAUUGAAUUAGAAUAUGGCUUAUGUCCUGCUUUUCGAAAAUGCUGGAAAAAAAAAGUAGUAAAAUGUGAUUCCAGACUCCUUUCACUUUUAUUCUUAAUAAAAGUUAGCGUAAGUUAGCUUGGAUAACGUGCACAGAACAACUGUGCGACCAGUUUAGAAGUUUCAGAAAUUGAGGACCAAGAGAUACACCGAAAUAAUAAACUGGUAUUGAGUGAAUAAGUUGGUAUUUUAGAAAUGAAUUAAUUUCAAAUACUAAAUGUUAGCACUGCUAGUGAGAUUUUUUUCAUCCAAAUACAUAUGAAACAUGUUCUAGGGAAUGGCACUCACGCCACUUCCUUCCCAGUUGCUGUACAGUUAUUCCUGAAAAUAGUACGAGAGUAGGAUUAAGCAAUAAACUGAAUACACUUCACUGCUACUGUUCCUAUGUUUUAAAAAUACAUGUUGGAUUAUUUAAUGACUACUUCAAGUUAUCAUUCUGACUUGGGCAGAGCUGUUUUCCCUUUGCUCUAGGCACACCCACGCAUGCUGAAGGAUGCCCUUUCUAUUCAGAAUUGGGCACCCUUUACUGUGUCUAUUGCUUUUUUUCUGCCUGCGUGUCCUAAGUCUGAAGUGUGAUUGUAGCUCCAAUCAAACUGCCAUACAAUCAAACUGCCUUCCCCGUUUGUAGAACCUGAGUAUGUUACUGAGUAAACAGAUUUCCAGAAAUCCAUAGGUAGCUGGGAGUACAUAUCACUUUGAUUUGCAAGAACUUGAAUUAGGAAAUCCCUCACAUCUGGAUGGUUUGUCUACACUCCUAGAAUCAGUUUUAAUACAGCCUCUACCUUUGCAACCUUGCAGAAGUAGUGCACCAAGCUGUAGCUCUCUUGGUUUUUAAUGUAUAUUGCUAUACCUUCCUUUGCCCUUCUCAUCUGGCUUUUAUUUUGGAUUUAGUGUGAACAAUGACAGCCCAGUACCUCACCUCUGUUGAAAGUAUUUUUUUUUUUAUUAGUUAGGGAGCUAAGAAAUUUCAUGUUAAGUGUUCUUAGACGGAUUCUUUGGCAGGUAAAUGAAGUUAAACCACAUUCACCUUAUUUACGGAAACUUACCUUCCCUGAGUGUUUCCUGGCUUGUGAGAGCACUAUUACCAAAUUUUUCACAUCUUUGUGUCUUCGGUUGCAGAAAGUUGGUACUGAUUUUGUUUCCUUCACGCUCAAUCAGAUUCAUAAUAAAAUAAUGCCAAAUUAUCUGUUGAA